GAAACGUAGAAUUAGUUAAAUAUAGCUUACACUACUGGUUCAGUGAGUACCGCGACAAAAAAUAAGCAAAUGUAAAUUGUCUAUAAAUAACACGGUAUGUUAGGUGAAACAGUUUAUUAGGAUAUUUAAAGUAAUUAUUCAACCGAGUGUUCGUUUGUUUUACAGUUUGUAAAAUAUGUGAGACAUUCUGAAGCAUCGAUUUAAAAAGAAAUUUAAGCUGAUUUGAAGCAGUAAAUUUAUUUAAAAGGGCAAACGGUUUAAGAUUAUGUUGGUAGAUUAUUGAGUAAGAUGUGGCGAUUGUGACAGUGGUAGGAAGUAACUCAAGUAAAUAGUUUGACAAACAUUCAGUAUUAACGCUGAUCUUUUUAAUUUUAAUGAACACUACAGGCUGAAGGCGUUUUGCCAAGCAUCAUCACUAAGUCACGCCACGACGCUAUAUGGGAUGCUUAUCCUCAUCAAUUUAGUCAGUUUGGAAGUCACACGUUUCUCUGUCAAUCCUUGCGAUCAGAUGCCUUUUUCCUUUUAACAACCACUGAUUUCUUUUUUCAUCGAUGGCUAAAAAUAGUGGGUCAAGCUUUGUCAAACUUUUUCACAGCGAAUAUGGUGGAAAAGGCUUCUUUUUCUAUCUGACCGUAGUUCCUUUCUGUCGUAAUCAGCUUUCAUACAGCUUGGGUGAUUGCCUUCUCAGAUCCGUCAGGGUAAUUAUGGGAAAUCAUUGCUCCGAUUCCGUAAUUUGACGCAUUUGCUGCGACCGAAAUUCGAUCUGGAUUAUAGUGUUUAAGCAGAAAGUUUGGUGAUAGGAGCCGUUUUAGGAAUGUUUCUUGACAUUCUGUUGAACAGACCCAUUUGUUAUACUUUUUCAGCAACCAAUUCAGAGUGGCACGGAGGCGAUGCAAAUCUUGAAGAAAAACACCAUAAUACUUAACCAUUCCCAAGAAAGAUCGUAAAGUUUAUACAUCUGUCGGAGGAGGCAUGGUUUUGACAGCCUCAGUGUUUUCUGGAUCAAGUUUUCUACCGUUUUUGUCGAUUAUGAAUCCCAAAUAGCGGACUUUCUCCACGUGGAAAUCACAUUUUUCGGCGAGUAAUCCGAAACCACAAUUUGCUACGCAUCUGAGAACCAUAUCCACCUUCACCAUAGCUCGUACCUAUGAUUAGUAUAUCAUCAAGAUAAGCCGCAGUAACAGGAAUAACUUGAGGUAUAGUGUUCAUAGCUUGUUGGAAGACUGAAGGAACGAUUGUUACUCCGAAAGGGAAUCGGUUACACUGGAAUAAACCUUUAUACAUGUUUACUGACAGGUAAGGUUUGUACUCUUCGGCUACUGGAAUCUGUAGAUAAGCUUCUGAUAGAUCCAUUUUGCAAAAUACUUCCUCUUAUUCAGUUUCGCAAAUAAGUUCUGGUAACUGCAAACAGUACUGAUGAGCUUCAAGUGCUUUGUUUAAUGCAGUCAAAUAAUCUGCACAUAGCCGGAUACUUCCACUAGGCUUCUUAAUCAUUGGUGCUGUCCAGUCAGAAACAUUCACUGGUUCUAUUAUUCCACAUCUUUGCAGACGCUCUAAUUCUUGUUCAAGAAUCGGUAGCGCUGCAUAGGGUGCCGGACGUCUUGGUCUAAAUACGGAGGCGACUCCCGGUUUAAGAAUUAGUGGUGCUUUUACCUUUUUGCGCCCCCCCCCCUAUUUCUUCCAUAAACACUUGACUCUGUCUUUCCGACACAGCAUCCUUGAGAUUUUUUCGCUGGUUUACUGGUUCUCACGGAGCCGCAUAUGUGGUUAAUGGAGUGAUUUGCUAAUUGUAGUGUUUCUGUUAGGUCUAGACCCAGCAAAUCUAGUCCCAGAUUCUCUGUGAGAUUUAGUGUUGCAUUUAUUUUUGCAUUUCCUUUUGAAACUGUACAUCAUUUCUCUCCAACAAUAUUAAAUUUCGCUCCGAAUGCACUAUCAGUUAGCUGGGUUGUUGGCAGCAUCUGGGGUUUCCUAAUAUGUUUCCAGGUUUUUCGGCUAAUAACUGUGGUGUCGAGAUGCAGGUGGGCACGGUGACCGUCAACCUCGAUAGUUGCAUAUUUUCGUCGACUAUGGCUUGAUCGCGUAUGUACUACCACUCUAAAGAGCUUCAACAUUUCCUUGAACUCCCGCCCACCAAUGAGGCACUUUCUUACGGAUCGCCUAGUAUCUAGACAGAACAAGAAUAUAACAAGCCCGACUGCUAUUAUUAUGAAUAUAACCAAAUCACAGAAUACAUGGCUUAUCCUUUCCUAUUAUUCAUUGUUUAUUAAUCAUGGCCUUAUGCUCCUAACCCUCACUUCCAGUUCCCAAAUCUCUACAGGUUAAAUGUACACUAUUCUUCCUAAUAGUCAUGCUUUUUUUUCUAUUGCAAGUAGACAGAUAACUCACUAAUCUUAUGGAUGCCGAUCUACUAAGGCCGACCAUACAACGCUCAAAAUUCGGCCACAAAGUCUUGUGAGUUUCUCAAUGUUCUAUUUUUCUUACCCUGAAAUUUUUUUCUACAAUUUUAUGCCCUCUCAUAUUUUUUGAUUUGCUAUUAGUCCUUACUUCUUUAAACCAUUAGUUAUCUUCAUAGCAGUGUGAUAUACUAUGUGGACAUCUAACCCAUAAAACAAACAUUUUAACUAUCUGAUUUGCUUGUAACAUGGACCUGGUAGAGACAGUGUAUUCCAACCAUGGGCUUUGAUUAAAGCAGUAUUCAUACUUACCACAAACGUAAGAGCCCAACAUCACAAAACGAAGGAUGGUGGCGUUACUGACCAGCAAACAUGAUGGUGGGGAGAUAACUUCAAUCCACCCAUGUUUGUAGGGCAGAACAAUUUGUUUAAUUACGGCUCCUUAUGGUUUAGUGGGAUGUCACGAACAUAAGGUUUUAAUGCUGAUUUACCAUGCAAAAUACCUCAUUAAAUCGUGUUACGAACGUUGAAUUGGUUUCACUUUCUACCCAGUAAUCCUAUUACAAGCAAACUAGACAAUUCACUGAUAUACGAAGCCUAAUCAAGACCCUAUAUGGUACCUGACAAAAAUAAUACAAAAAAAUGAAAGGGGCUCUGAUGGCUUCGAUAGAAAAGGAAGAUAGCCAAUUGUAUAUCACAACACUGUUUCUAGCACUAUAUUUUAAUUCAUAACCACACAAUUCCAUAUCCAGCUACUUUCUGAAUCGCCCCGAUUUGUCAGUUGUAUGUCCACUCAUGCCCUGUUAACACCUAUCUUCUUUAACCUAUUAAAAUACUUUUUCUUAACAAAUACCUUAAUAAAAUAAAAUUAGACUGAGUGAUCAUACCUUAAACAUUCCUUCAUGAAUAUUGGCUACUCUGCCUCUCGAGUUUUCUUUUACUUGCUCCCUCUUUCAGCCCCCUUGUGAUAUAGAACGAAAGAUUUUAUCCUGCAUCAUCCUCAAAGCCUUAGAUAUUCCAAAGGGACAUAAGGUUGCGACUUUUAUAAGCUCCCACCUUCAAUGGACCUAUCAGUUGCACAUUCGCAACGCAACUUUCAUGACGCGCGCCUACUGU